AUGGCCCCGCUACCUCCAAAGCCUGCAGAGUCGCCAAAGAGGAUCCUCUUCAUCCACCCAGACCUGGGAAUUGGCGGUGCUGAGCGUCUGGUCGUCGAUGCAGCUGUGGGUCUCCAGGAUAGAGGCCACGAAGUCACAAUCUACACUUCCCACUGCGACCCGCGACACUGCUUCGACGAAGCUCGCAAUGGCACCCUCAAAGUCCGCGUAGCUGGAAACUCCCUCUUCCCAUCAAACCUCCUCGGCCGCUUCAGCAUCCUCUGCGCAAUCCUGCGCCAGCUGCACCUCACACUCCACCUCCUCCUCACCUCGGAGCUGCAAAACUACGACUACAUCUUCGUCGACCAGCUCAGCGCCUGCAUCCCCUUCCUGCGUCUCUUCAGCCCCACCACGCGCAUCCUCUUCUACUGCCACUUCCCAGACUACCUCCUCGCCACGCGCACCAGCCUCCUCAAAUCCCUCUACCGCAUCCCCUUCGACCACCUCGAAGCCCUCACCACCGGCCUCGCCCACACAAUCGUCGUCAACAGCGCCUUCACAAAAUCCGUCUUCCGCACCGCCUUCCCGCGCAUCACCACCACCCCACACGUCGUCUACCCAUGCGUCGACACAGCCCCCCCGCGCCCCCGCUCCGGCGGCACAAUCGAGCCCGACCCGCAGCUCACGCACGACGGCCGCCGCAUCCUCCUCUCCAUCAACCGCUUCGAGCGCAAGAAGAACAUCGCCCUCGCCAUCCGCUCCUUCGCACUCCUCUCCCCGCGCGAGCGGGCCACAACGCGCCUCGUCCUCGCCGGCGGCUACGACCCCCGCGUCGUCGAGAACGUCGCCUACCACGCCGAGCUCGAGACGCUCUGUGAGGCCCUCGGCCUCAAGACUGCAACCUCAAAGAACAUCAUCAGCUCCCUCAGCGUCCCCGCGGAGACAGACGUGCUCUUCCUCCUCAGCAUCCCCGCGAGCCUCAAGACGUUCCUGCUCAAGACGGCCGCGCUGCUGCUGUACACGCCCGACCGCGAGCACUUUGGCAUCGUCCCGCUCGAGGCCAUGUUGGCGGGGAUUCCGGUGCUUGCGGUCAACUCGGGGGGGCCGCUGGAGACGGUGGAGGACGGGGUGACGGGGUGGCUGCGGCCACAGGAGGAGGAGGAGUGGGUGGCGGUUAUCAGGGGUGCGUUGUUUGGGAUGCAGGAGGCGCGGCUGGCGGAGAUGGGGAGGAGGGGGAGGGGCAGGGUGGUGAGUGAGUUUUCGAAGGAGAGGAUGGCGGAGAGGUUGGAGGGGGAGUUUGAGGGGAUUGGGGAGGUGAGGGGGGUGAGCUUGUGGCAGUGGGCGCUGAUGGGGAUGGUGGGUGUUGUGGUUGGGAUGGUGGCGGUUUUGGCGGUUUAG